GAGAGAGAAACACAAAAGCUUCGUCAAAUGACUGGCAAUAAAUGCAAGAUCGAAGCAUCCAUAGCCGAGGCAGUCCUGAACGUGGAGGUGGCAAACUUCACCACUAAGCACUAUGAUCCCAACAUUCCCACAAAGCACAACCCGGUCCUCCGUUUAAAUGCCGCCAACAAUGAAGAAGUACCCAAGCUUAGCAUCUUCGUGGGGCUUGGUGGCAAGUCAAGUGGCUCGAAGCCGUACAGAACGGACCUACCUGAGCGGACCUUGAUCCACUCGUAUGUCUUAAACACCAUGGUCGAAGUGAAGCCGUACAUCGAGAAAUUCAAGGCUAUACAUUGGAAGAAUACCCACAGGGAGCCUACCCCGGAAGAAUCCAAGCAAAUUUUCGAUAAGGGAGGCGGUUUCGGUUUCAGUAGCUGGUUUUGUAAUUUGGUACUAUUCUAUCCAAAUUAGCUAGCACUUCCUACAUUUAUCGGUCAUUUCUCGUUCUAAAC